AUGUCCACCACCACGACCGUCAGCGAGACUUUACCAUCGUCGUCGACAACGAAGAACGUUAUCCCAAAAUGGAAGGCGCCCCCGCCAACCACCGAAACGGAGCUUGAAUGGGCCGACAUCUUGACCGUGGACUUAUCUCUGUAUGAUACCAAGCGCGAUGAGCUCGUCAAGACGGUCGAGACGGCACUACAGAGAGACGGCUUCUUCUACGUCGUGGGGCAUGGAAUUCCACAAGAGUCGGUUCAUAAGCAAUUCUCGAUAGGACAAUUCGCCUUCGACGGUGUGUCUAAAGAGGAGAAGAAGGCGCACCGAGCGCCAAUCGCAGAGGAGGGUUCGUUCAUAGGCUAUAAGCUCCAAAAUUACUGGGAAAUUAGGGAUGGUGUGAGGGACAGAAUUGAACACUACAAUUUCUACCUGAAUCAAAUUGAUCCCAUCUCGCGGCACCCUAAGCCUCUGCAGCCUUAUGUUGACGAGGUCAAAGCAUUUAUUGCGGAGUCACGGCAGAAAGUCCUCCGCCGGGUGCUCUCCCUCAUUGACGCCGUGCUCGGCCUUGAAGACGGCUACCUCUGGCAAUUGCAUGAAGAUCCACAGGGCCGGAAGGGCAACGAUCUUUUCCGAUACAUGAUCUACGACCCGCUGACCUCUGCAGAGGCAUCAAAAACAAACAAUGUCAUGCUGAAUGGGCACACUGACUUCAACUCUAUCAGCACUCUGGUAUCGCAACCAGUGACGGCGCUUCAGAUUCUUCUACCCGAUGGCCACUGGCGUUAUGUCAGGCACCGAGAGGGCGCACUAGUUAUCAACAUUGGAGACCAGCUGUCUUUCAUGUCAGGAGGUCUUUUAAAGGGCACUAUUCACAGAGUUGUGCUUCCGCCCAAGGACCAGCUGAAAUACCGGCGCCUUGGCGUUUUCCAUUUCGCACACUUCAUAAGCGGCAUCCCGCUUGACCCCCUUCCGUCGAAGAAGGUACAGACCGAAGGGCGCAAAAUAUUCGAGGGGAAAGUUCCCACGACAGAUGAGUGGGAGUCAGCUCGCGUCAAGACCUACGGGACAGCACAGCUGAUCAAGGGAGAGCAGUAUGACACUGAAUACAUCGCAGGCCUCCAAGUCCGGCACUGGCACUGA